GUGAAGGCAAAGAAGGAUGAGUUCCCAGGACAAAAGGAGCAGGAUCUGGAUUACCUGGCACCUUUUCUUAUCCAAAUUGGCAGCCCAGAGAAAAUAACCAAAAAGCAGGCCCUCCGCCUCCGGGACGACUGCCUGAGUGAUUUUAAGAAUCGUCUGGUUUCUAAGGCCAACAUCAUCCAAGCUCAUUUUGAAAAGGAGGUAGAAGAGCUGCAGAAGAAGAACCAGCAGUUUCAGGAAAAUCAGAAUCAGCUCAGCGAGAAGGAGGAGGCUGACUUCCUUGCUGGUUACUCUGAAACCAUGUUCCGUAUCCACAUUCUGGCACUAAGACUCAACAGGGAAAAGCAGACAGCACCACAGAAGUACCUUGCUCUUGAGGAGAAACUGUGCAAAGACCCUCGCCUAGCAGAGCACCUCGGUCAUGCCUGAUGGCUUCUUUUUCCUUCAGAUCAGACACGGGAAAUUAGUGCUGAAGUCUGUUAAAAGCAGC